CUAGCCCUCAAGAAGGUCUUUGCUGAACAUAAAGAUAUACAGAAAUUGGCUGAAAAAUUCAUUCUCCUGAAUCUUGUGUACGAAACCACAGACAAGAACCUUUCCCCUGAUGGCCAGUACGUCCCUCGGAUUUUGUUCAUAGAUCCUUCCCUGACUGUGAGAGCAGAUAUUACUGGAAGAUACUCCAACCGUCUCUAUGCAUAUGAGCCCUCUGACAUUUCGUUGUUGUAUUCAAAUAUGCAGAAAGCGCUGAAACUCCUGAAGACUGAACUGUGAGGGGAAGAAGGAAGCCCUUAAAUACUAUGGAGUCUGAUCUUCCAUCUCUUUUCCACUCAUUGGAACUGGUGAAGAGACUAUUUAGGGUAAUAUUUAGUGAUGUAUAGUGCUGGUUUAUAUACAUAAACACUACAGUUUUACAUUAGCACUUUUGUACUGGGCAGCAUUUUUAAAAGCUGGAGGCUUUUAAUUUAAGGCAUACAGAAGAAUACUGUAUGAUCCAACUGUAAAAAUGAUUUUUUAAAAAAUAAAUCCAUUUCAAGUGUUUCCAUACAAA